CAUGCUGCAAACACUCAAAAUUAUUUGCUGCAGAGGACAAGAUCCUUACUCUCUCACUACCUCUCCACCUUGCCUCUUGACUCUCUUCCCAUCCCUUUGGCCUCUCUUCCGCAUGUUAGCUUUGUUUCAUUGUCAAUGUUCCCGACUGUGACACCGCAGUCCUGCCCUUGCCUGCCUCUUUUUCAUGUCUUCCAAGCACUCCCUAACUGCUCUGCUUUGAAAUCCUCGCCUGCGGCCGGUGAACUCCAACUGCCCGCUCGAUGAGAAUCUCUCACUUCAAUUGCAGAUGGACUAGUUGACUGUGACGACAUUGGACGAAACGAAACCAGCAGGCUUCAUCCUACACACCCCGCUUCCCUCUGUUAUUCGUCUCAUCACAAAAGUUUUUCCUUUUGCUUCAAUCAUCUCCCUACCCAUCUCUGUUGUCGGAUGUGCAUGCGGUUCCGCAAUCUCUCUGUUUGACCGGCAAGGCAUUGAACCUCUCUCUCUUAUCCCUGUCGCUAAGUUUCUGCCGCCUCCACUUGUAUCCUGCCCUACCUCUUUUCGGCCCUUUUCCUGUCGCCAUCGCACUUCUUGAACCUGCCCUGCUGCCACGACCUUCGCUCCAGCCACCAUGGAAAAUACUCAGUCCGGAGGUGGUACCUCCACAGGAAAUUCUAGCGACUUCGUCCGAAAGCUCUAUAAAAUGCUAGAAGAUCCUUCAUAUGCGCAGAUAGUACGAUGGGGCGACGACAGAGACAGCUUCGUCGUUCUGGAGUGCGAAAAAUUCACCAAAUCAAUUCUCCCGAAACACUUCAAACACAGCAAUUUUGCGAGUUUCGUACGGCAGCUCAACAAAUAUGACUUCCACAAGGUUCGCCAGAAUAACGAGGAGACUGGGCAAUCACCAUAUGGCCCCGGUGCAUGGGAAUUCAAGCAUCCCGAAUUUAAAGCGGACAACAAGGACUCCUUGGAUAACAUUAGAAGAAAAGCUCCUGCCCCCAGAAAGCCUCCUCAGUCCGCCGAAGAUUCCAUCCCCACACAACAACUCGACCUGAUGAACCAGCAGAUCGUUGCUCAACAACAACAGUUUCAGCAUCUAGCCGAUCGUUUUGCUGUUGAUCAACAGCUCAUGAUGCAAGAAAUCCGUAGAGUCCAGAAAACCGUCUUGGGCCACGAGCAAGUCAUUCAUUACAUGAUGACCUUUUUACACUCCGUGGACGCUCGUCAAAGAAGAGAGAAUCGCGCUGCUGCAGCUGCUUUCCAAGGGCAGCCUGGUAGCUCUGAGCUAAGCCCAGCCCAAGCCCAAGCCCAGAACGACGAACCUGCAUCUCCUUUGCAGCACGCCAUGAAACUCCUGAGUGAAAUGAAUUCUGAGAUUCAAUUCAACCUGAGCAGCUUAGAAUCGAUGGGCGAAAUGCAGAACAGACUCCCUGGAGCUGUGCCAACUCCGCCAUUGGAUCAGACCCAGCGAAACGGGACUGUGCGGCCUCCUACCUCGACUGGCCCUGCUUCUGCCAUGGCAUUCCCGAAGCUUAAUGGUGAUCUCGAGCAGGUGGUAUAUCCAGUUGGCGUCACUAAUGGCAUCGAUCCGAUGUACGGUGACCAUAUCAACAGUAUUCCCUACACUAUGUCGACCAAAGAAGCGGAUCCGUCCGACCCAAGGCGUCAAUUUGUGGACAGGAAAAAGAGCACGGGAACUAGUACGUACGCAGAUCCAGGUUGGAUUCGAAGCCCUCAUAUUCUUCUUGUUGAGGAUGAUCAAACAUGUCGUCAGAUUGGUGGAAAAUUUCUCUAUUCAUUCUCUUGUGUGAUCGAUACCGCUUUCGACGGCUUGGAGGCAGUCAACAAGAUCCAGAGCGGGUCAAAGUAUGAUCUUAUCCUUAUGGAUAUUAUCAUGCCGAACCUAGACGGAGUGUCGGCGUGCAGUGUGAUUCGAAGAUUUGACGCGACCCCAAUCAUUGCAAUGACAUCGAAUAUCCGCAGCAGCGAUAUUGAACUUUAUUUCCAGAAUGGCAUGAAUGAUGUUUUGCCGAAACCAUUUACUCGACAGAGUCUCCUAAACAUGUUGGAAAAGCACCUUGUUCAUUUGAAGAACAUUCCCACCGCCAUUGACGCGACCCAAUCGGCCCCUCCCACUGCCAUCCCUCAGAACUCCGCGACCCAGUCAGUUAAAGAAGAGACAACACCCGGUCAAUCCCCCGGCACAUCUAUUGGGAACUGGCAGUCACCUGCACAAUUCCCGGGAGUGUCUCCAAUUAACGUCAGCAUACCAAAUCAGUUCAUGCAACAACAAGCCGGGGCUCCUGCAACCCCUUUUACAAUUGAUCAGAACGGCGGUAUUCAAUAUCCUGGGAACCAGAUGGGGUCCAUGAAUGUUGCAACAGCCCCUCGAACCUCGCAUCGGCGACAGAUGUCAGAUAUAUCCAGCGGUGCUGAUGCCCAUAAUCUUGCCAAGAGACAAAGAAUGUUCGCGACGCCUGCCAACAAUACCGUUGUGAAUCCGAUGCAGACCAACAGAAUGCCCUAGAGUGCUUAUUGAGAAGUAUCUAUUCUAGAUGGACCUCUCCCAUUACGAAUAAUUCAGUUGCAUUUUCUCAUUUACAUAAUUGUCCUACAGUACAUGUCACGGCCUACUGAACAAAAAAAAAAAAAAUUUCCUUUUAACUCACCAUUUUGCCCCCUGCCUAAUUACAGCGACAUUAAUCUUUGCUUCAUUCUCUCGAUAUUUAACCUGGGGUUCAUGGCGUUGGCGGUGACCUGGUACCCGAAACUUCAUUCUGAGCAGACAUUCUGCAAUGCUUUGACGGUCUUAUUUUAUUCUAUUUUCGUCCCCCUCUCUCGUUUACUAUCUCGGAUAUUCCAAGUUGGAAAACCACGGAAAGCAACCAUUGCAAGUCGACACUGUACAUGUGCUUCUCAUAUCAA